UGUGUGUGUGUGUGUGGGGUGGAGGUCCACUGGCUCUUCCUCCACUGAGCCCCUCACACCACAGACCACUGUGAACCAGCAGAUGAACAGCAGCAACUCUCUGCACGGCUUCACAAACCAUUUACAGGAAGGCAAGAUGAAGCUGUUGGUGUGGCUGAGUGUUCUCCUCUGCCUUUUUGCCUGCCACCUCAGCGAGGCCAGAGUCAUCCCCGAAGGAGUACCAUACGAUGAACCACCAGCUGUUCCCUACUGGCCCUACUCCACCUCUGACUUCUGGAACUACGUCGAAUACUUCAGAUCCAUCGGCGCCUACAACCACAUCAACGAGAUGGCCCGGGCCUUCUUCGCCCACCAGCACCUCGGAGACACUCUGGGAUACGAGACCAAUGCUGGACAUGAACACUGAGAGGGGAGCUGGACGGAGGGAAAGGAAAAGAGCGGGGAGGGAGUGAAAAUACACAGGAAUGCAUUUCUUACUUUGAAAGUCAGGAAAGAGGACGAGGAAGUUCAUUUAGAAAUGAAAUAAGGUGAUAGCACAGCGAAUAUAGUGCUGUUUGUAGCGUAGCCGUACAUGUAGAACAAAUGUAGAGUUUGUAGGAUUGUAUAAUAACUUCAUGUAAUGAGCCACAAAUAAAUAAAACACUUUUCAAA